AUGAACUCUCAAAUUGACCCUCAUUUAGUUUAAAACACCGUAAUGUAGCUGAAUAAAGAGAAUAAUGAGUUGAAAUAACAAUUGGCUAAUCUCUAAAAGGAACUUGAGAAAUAAGUUCAACUGUCAAAGGAAGCCUUGGAAUGGAAGGAGAAAUAUGAUAGGCUUCAUAAAUAGAAUCACACAUUAGAUCAUGAAAAAAAAUAACUAUUAGAUGAGAAAAAGAAGUUAAUAGAGGAGAUUAAGAAUUUGGAAAAUUCUGUGCAAUAGUUGCAAGAGAAAACAAAAGAUUUAAAAGACUAUGAGUAAAUAAAGGCUAAUUCUAUAAAUGUUCAAUAGGACAAUUAAGAAUUAACUAGAGAAUUAGAAACAUUUAAAUAGAAAGCAUUGUUUGUAAUAAAACCAAAAACAGUAAUCGAAAACAUGAAGUAAUACUAUUCGUUGACUCUCUAAUGGGAAAGAAACAUAUAGAAUUUGCAAUUAACAUAUAAGUUAGAAAAUGAUGGUCUGGUCCUUGAGGGGUAUGGAGAAACUGGUGACAAAAAGAUUAUUUAUCAGCAGAUUUAUGAUUUAGGGAAAAAAAUACUGAAACAAAAAGACACACCCCUGAUAUCAUUGAAACAAUCUCAAAUGAUUUUGACUUUUGAAGUUUGA